UCAUCAUUUUUAUUUUUUUUUGUUCAAACUAGAAUCAAAAAGUUUGAAUUUUUCUUGUCCUGUUUUUUAAUGGCUUCUUCAGGGGGAAAUAUGAACACUUUUAUGAAUUCAUUUAACUCUUUUUCAUCUUCCCAAUUUAUGACUUCUUCUUUUAGUGACCUUCUUUCUGAUAAUAAUAAUAAUGAUAAUAAGAAUUGGGGAUUUAUUGAUGAGAGAAUUAUGAACAAAGAUGAGAUACCAAAGUUCAAGUCUUUUCCACCAUCUUCUUUGCCAAUGAUAUCGUCUUCAUCACCAGCUUCUCCUUCUUCUUAUCUUGCUUUUCCUCAUUCUUUAAGUCCUUCUAUGCUUUUGGACUCACCAGUUUUGUUUAACAAUUCCAAUACUCUUCCAUCACCGACUACAGGGAGUUUUGGUAAUUUGAAUUCCAAGGUGGAUAACUCAAGGAAUUCUGAUUUCUCUUUCCAAAGUAGGCCUGCUACUUCAUCAUCCAUCUUUCAAUCCUCUGCUCCAAGAAACUCAUUGGAAAACAUAAUGACAAGGCAACAACAGACAACUGAAUUCUCCACAGCAAAAGCUGGGGUGAAAUCAGAAGUGGCUCCAAUUCAAAGCUUCUCCCAAGAGAGCAUGCAUAAUAAUCCUGCUCCUGCUCCGGUGCAUUACUGUCAGCCAUCUCAAUAUGUUAAAGAACAGAAGGCAGAAGAUGGAUAUAAUUGGAGGAAAUACGGGCAAAAGCAAGUGAAGGGAAGUGAUAAUCCGCGAAGCUAUUACAAGUGCACAUUUCCGAAUUGUCCUACAAAGAAGAAGGUUGAAAGGAACUUGGAUGGACACAUUACUGAGAUAGUUUAUAAGGGGGGCCAUAAUCAUGCAAAGCCUCAAUCCACCAGAAGAUCUUCACAAUCGAUUCAAAACCUUUCUUACUCCAACUUGGAUAUAACAAAUCAACCAAACGCGUUUCUUGAAAAUGCUCAAAGAGACUCCUUCGCCGUCACAGACAAUUCUUCAGCUUCUUUUGGAGAUGAGGAUGUUGAUCAAGGGUCUCCUAUCAGUAAGUCAGGAGAAAAUGAUGAAAAUGAACCCGACGCAAAGAGAUGGAAGGGUGACAAUGAAAACGAGGUCAUAUCAUCUGCAAGUAGAACAGUACGCGAACCUAGAAUCGUAGUUCAAACCACAAGCGACAUUGAUAUUCUUGAUGAUGGUUAUAGAUGGAGAAAAUAUGGACAAAAAGUUGUCAAAGGAAACCCGAACCCAAGGAGCUACUACAAAUGCACAUUUACUGGAUGUCCGGUUAGGAAGCAUGUGGAACGAGCAUCUCAUGAUCUAAGAGCAGUUAUCACAACUUAUGAAGGAAAACACAACCAUGAUGUUCCUGCAGCACGUGGUAGUGGUAGCUAUGCUAUGAAUAAACCUCCAUCUGGCAGCAACAACAACAACAUGCCAGUAGUUCCAAGGCCUACAGUGUUGGCUAACCAUUCUAAUCAGGGAAUGAAUUUUAACGAAACAUUUUUUAACUCAACACAGAUCCAACCACCAAUCACCCUGCAGAUGCUACAGAGCUCUGGAAGUUCAAGUUAUUCAGGAUUUGGAAACUCAUCGGGAUCUUAUAUGAAUCAAAUGCAGCCCACGAACAAUUCCAAGCCAAUAAGAAAAGAAGAACCUAAAGAUGAUUUAUUCUUCAGCUCUUUCCUUAACUGAAAUUUCUCCAUACCAAAAUGCAAAAGAUAGAGAUUUCUUUCUCAAGUCACUGUAUUCAUUGUAACUUAUGAUAGUUUUUUUUUUUCUUUCACGUAUUUGUUGUUAGGUUUUAGGAUCCUAAAUAAGAGUUAGUCCAUUAUUUUAUUUGUUUCAAGCCUGGCUCUAGAUUUCUUAGCAUCUGAAACUUCUCAUUAAGCUUCUUUGUUUUUUUGUAUACACGAAUCUAUCAGUGUAAGGCGGGACUGAGGUAUCAUUGUUGAAAGUUGAUAUAUAUUUUUUUGUGGGAAGUUGAAUAUUCA